AUACCACCUUCUUUUCUUUUUGUUUUUCCAAAGCUACAAGGCAAAUUAGCCCUUCCUCCUCGUCCGAUGAUGCCAUGACAGAAAGUGUGGAAGAAGUAGUAGUAGUCACCAGAAACGUAGGAAAUUGUUCGCUGGACUAUAAAACCUCAAACGUCCGCUCACAGUACACCCGACUCACUGGGACCUUCAUAGGUUUACAUGUUGUUGCUUGACGAUCCAAACCCGUGAGUGCUGUGGUUGGCUAUAGUCCAGAGCAGCCGAGAAGGUUCAGAGCCCCACUUUAAAAAAAAAAAAAACCUAAACACCAGCUACACCAACGAAUAGGUCCAACAGAGUAGAGCAAACUCAUAUUAAAUUUACAUCUCAAGCCGUUUGGAUGAGAGGCAGAACGUCUUCCAGAAACAAGAGUCCAGCUGCCUCCUACUUAAGCACCUAAAAAGUAUUACAGCAAUGGCUGAGUGUAUUCAAGAAUGAACAUGAAACGAUUCGGGAUGAUUGGAAGAAAGAAACUUCAACCCACAGCAGCAGAUGACGGUCGGGUCACGUGACCACCGCGGAAGGCAGUUGAAGUUGAGAUGCGGAAGAGAGACAAAACUUUGGAAUAUUUAAGGGUUCAACUGGUUCCAAUAUAACCCUUAUGUAGCCGGACACAAGACAAGAACACAGUCAAGUUUUGAUAUUUUUUAAAUCAUUGCAGGCGGAGAGGUUUGAGAGACAGGAGGAGGUAAUGGCCGGCGUCAAUGUACAGAAAGCUAUAGAUCUGGCCAGCAAAGCAGCAGAGGAGGACAAAGCCAAAAACUAUGAGGAGGCUCUCAAAUGUUAUCAGCAUGCUAUACAGUACUUCCUACAUGCUGUCAAAUAUGAGGUGCAGGGUGAUCGAGCAAAGCAGAGCAUCAGGGCCAAGUGUGCCGACUACCUGGACCGAGCCGAGCAGCUGAAGGUCUAUCUGAAGAACAAGGAGAAGAGUCCUCCGGCUAAACCUGUCAAGGAGUCUGGGGAUAAAGGGAAAGAAAAUGAUGAAGGGGAAGAUGGGGAGAAGAAGAAAUUCCAAAAUCAGCUCUCAGGUGCCAUUGUAAUGGAAAAGCCAAAUGUUAAGUGGAACGAUGUUGCAGGACUGGAAGGAGCCAAAGAAGCGUUAAAAGAAGCUGUUAUCCUACCAAUCAAAUUCCCUCAUUUGUUCACAGGCAAGCGGACUCCAUGGCGGGGGAUCCUUCUGUUCGGUCCUCCAGGAACAGGGAAGUCCUACCUGGCCAAGGCGGUAGCUACAGAAGCAAACAACUCCACCUUCUUCUCCGUCUCCUCCUCUGACCUGGUGUCCAAAUGGCUUGGGGAAAGUGAAAAACUGGUGAAGAACCUGUUUGCUUUAGCUCGAGAAAAAAGGCCGUCGAUUAUUUUCAUCGACGAGAUCGACUCCCUCUGUGGCUCGAGGAACGAAAACGAGAGUGAGGCCGCUCGCAGAAUCAAGACGGAGUUCCUCGUUCAGAUGCAAGGUGUUGGAAAUAAUAACGAGGGGAUCCUGGUCCUGGGAGCCACAAAUAUCCCAUGGACACUGGACUCGGCCAUCAGAAGAAGGUUUGAAAAGCGGAUCUACAUCCCUCUGCCAGAGGAUCAUGCUCGCUCCUUCAUGUUCAAGCUGCACCUGGGCUCCACCCCCAGCGAGCUAGUAGAAGAGGACUUUGUGAUUCUGGGCAAGAAGACACAAGGCUACUCUGGAGCAGACAUCAGUAUCAUCGUCAGGGACGCCCUCAUGCAGCCUGUCAGGAGGGUUCAGUCAGCAACCCACUUCAAAAAGGUUCAAGGAUCCACAUUUCACAAUCCCGGCGUUGUGGUCAACGACCUGCUGAUGCCGUGCUCACCCGGAGAUCCCAACGCCACACAGAUGACAUGGAUGGAUGUUCCCGGGGAUAAGCUUUUAGAGCCAGUGGUGUCCAUGGCGGACAUGCUCAGGUCACUGAGUAACACCAAGCCCACUGUCAAUGAGCAGGAUUUGGACAAGCUGAAGAAGUUUACAAAAGAUUUUGGUCAAGAAGGUUAAUCUACUGAAGAUGGGACUUCGGUUAUUUUUUUUAGCAAUCAGUCAUACUUAAUGUGCCAUUCUUUCGUUCAGUGAAAUCUAAAUGGAUGGUCCUGUUGUUCCACCGAGGCUUGUUUACGAAUCCAACUCCACAUCUUUUCAGCACUACAAACAUCACCACAUAAAUGUGGAUUAUUUUGCACCUAAGAAACGUUGCUCUAUCUUUUACUUUAUGAAUGGGAGAUUGUUGAAAUUUACAGAUGUUGCCUCCUUAAUGAACACAAACGCACUCGUUUUAUUUCAUCAGAUUCGUUUCACCCUUUUGGUGUUUUGGGUUUUGUCGUUUCUGAAAUGAAUUAGUCUGUUUAAUGAAGCUUUUAGAGCGAUCUCUGAAUUAUGCAUUUUAUUACUGUUAUUGUAGAUAUUGCAGUUGGUCAUGUUUUGAUCAAUGUGUUGACAUGGUGACUUUGGGGUCAAAAUGUUUUAAGAACUUCUUUCUUUUUUGUAGACAUAUUGUUUAAAUCUGAGGUCAUUUCUUGCAUCGUCUCAUGUUCUGUGAACAACACUCAGGGUUCAAUAAACAAUGCAAAAAAAGAAAAGGC